AUGGUUUCGAUGCAGGGCAAAUACCUUACUGUGUGGAAUAUUGGAUUCCAGCUGUCUUACUUCUUUUUAGCUUUCUUGUGUGAUAUAUGUACGGUGUUAAGAAGAGAACACAUGAUACCCAAUAAAAUUAGGAAAUUCAGACAGUUUUACUUCAGUACAGCAGUAUGGCCAGUUGCUACGCUCAUCUUCGUAGUCUUCUGGCCGUUCUUUUUCACAAAUCGGGAACUUCUCUUUCCUGCCUUCAUUGACAAGAUAUUCUCUUUAAAGUCAAACUUGGUGAUGCAUUUUUGUAUCCUUCCUGCAGUACUGUGGGAGCUGGUCUUCACACCAAGACCUGUUCAGACGUCGCAUGUUAAGCAUAUUGGAGCUUUAACAUUCUUGUUUGUUUUAUAUAAUAUAGUUAUUAUUUACACUUAUUCUCAACGUGGUAUAUGGCCCUACCCCAUACUUAACAUUCUCUAUCCCACCAUUUACUACCAGCUACUCCUAGUGACUCUCUACUUAAUGGUUUUAUGGUGUUACCAAUUGCAAUGGAGAAUCACAAGCAUGGUUUGGGACUCCGACCGACGGACUGUUAGGAAAAAUAAAAUUUAA